AUGCCUGCUGCACCCAAGCAAAGAAAGAUCGCCAUUGUCGGCAGUCGCUCCGUCGGCAAAUCAUCUCUUACAGUCCGCUUUGUCGAACACCACUUCGUCGAGAGCUAUUACCCUACAAUCGAGAACACCUUCAGUCGGAUCAUCAAGCACAAUGGACAAGACUAUGCGACUGAGAUCGUCGACACUGCAGGCCAGGACGAAUACAGCAUCUUGAACUCCAAGCACUUUAUUGGAAUCCACGGGUACAUCAUCGUUUACUCAGUGACAUCGCGCCAGUCAUUUGAGAUGGUGCGGACGAUCAGAGAUAAGAUUCUCAACCACCUUGGCGCGGAUGAAGUACCUCUCGUUGUAGUAGGAAACAAGAGCGAUCUCAAGCCAGAUCACCGCCAAGUCUCUCUUGACGAGGGUCGACAAUUAGCAGAGGAGGUCAAUUGUGCCUUCACCGAAGCUAGUGCUUUCCUCGAUUUCAAUGUCGCAAAGGCCUUCGAUCUUAUGAUUGGAGAAGUCGAGAAGUCGCAGAAUCCUUCACAGCCUGCUGGAAACAACAAGUGCGCGUUGAUGUGA